AUGAGGAUAGAUUUGAACAUAUCUUAUGUGAGUGAUGUAGCUUCUGAUUCCUUGAGUGGCAGAGGUAAUCUGGGAGAAUUUGGCUUUAGUGUAUCCGGUGCAGAGACGGAGGUGUCUUCUAAAGAAGAUUACCAUUCGGACAAGAGCAUAUAUGUAAAUGAAGUCUUGGAAGAAGGUGACAGUAGUACACGAAACACUAGUACAAAAUUUUUUGAACAAGAAAGGAGUGACGCAACAACCAAUUCCGUUGAUGUAUUGAGGAAUAAGUCAGAAUGUAUGCUUAGUGUGGGAUCUGUUUUUGAUACAUUGGAUGAGGUUUUUGAGGCGUAUUGUGACUAUGGAGGAUUGAUGGGGUUUUCAGCAAGAAGAAGCACUCAAGCAUAUUUUACAAGAACUGAAAUUGCUUGUUCGAAGGUUUUUGUCUGUUCGUGUGCGGGAUUGACUGAUAAGAAGUGCUCUAAUGGUAGAGUGGCUGCAUUUAAGAAACAGACAUAUAGAACCAACUGUGGCGCAAGGUUACGGGUUGGAAGGACUAAUGUUGAGGCUCCAUGGAUAGUGACGUUAUUUGAGAAGCAACAUAACCAUCAAUUGCUAGAGCCAGAUGCGAGUUAUCUAUUGCGCUCAGCCCGCAAUAUCCGAGAGUCUCAGAAGAGUCUACUUAUAGGUAUGAAGUCAAGUGGCAUUGGUGUAAGUCGUGCUUACCGAUUUUUAGAGAAGGAAGCAGGAAGUCGGGCAAAUAUAGGCUUUACACGCACGGAUGUGUAUAACGAGCUGAAUCGUGAGGCGAGAAAUUUGUCAAAAGUAGCAAACUCAGACGUGAAUCGGUUAUUGGAGUUUUUCACAGAAAAAGGUCGGAGUGACCCAUCAUUUUAUUGGAAGGUAAAGGUUGGUAAAGAUGGUCGGUUGAAAAACUUAUUCUUUCGUGAUUCUAGGUGCUUAAUAGAUUACCGCCAUUUUGGGGACGUUAUGUCCGUCGAUGCUACAUACAAGACUAACAAGUACGACUUGAUAUGUGUUCCUAUAGUUGGUAUAAACCAUCACCGGACGAACGUCAUAUUUGCAAUUGCAUUUUUGUCGAAUGAGAAAACCGAGUCUUACUCAUGGUUGUUUAACACAUUCCUCGAGUCCAUGUAUCAGAAAGAGCCGGAUCUAAUAUUCUCUGACCAAGACCAAGCUCUCAUGAAUGGUCUUGACCUCUCAUUCCGCGAAGCGUCCCAUAGGCUCUGUCAAUGGCAUAUUAACAAAAAUGCCGCAAAGCAAUUUGGCAAGCUAAACCACGAUAAGCGUUUCAAGAAUUUGUGGUAUCAGUGCAUGAAUGGCUGUGAAAGCGAGGAAGAAUUUGAGUCGACUUGGGUUAGUAUGAUUGUGGAGAACAAUUUGUCGGAGAAUAGAUGGUUUUCGACCAUGUAUCAUUUAAGAAAGCGUUGGUCUUCCGCCUUCACGCGUCACAAAUUUUCCGGUGGGUUACAUGCGACAUCGCGUAGCGAAGUUACAAACAAAGUCAUCAAGGAGUUGUGCAACUCUACCUCUACUGUACACGACUUUGUGAUAGGUUUUGAAACUAUUUUGAAAACGUGGCGUCAAACUGAGUUUGAGGAGGACACAUUAUGUCGAGGCAUGCCGGGGAUGUUUGUUGAACAAACAUGCAUCUUAAUCCAAGUUGGCGAAUUGUGCACUAGAAACAUUUUCAAGUCUUUUGAGUACGAGUUAUUGCAUUCAGUGUCUGUUAAAAUGACACAUGAACCCCUUGAUAUGAAUGAUGAUGAGUUGGUCUUCAAAGUUUGUUCGAGAUCGGCAUUUACAGGCUGCCGGACGGUGAGGUUCAAUCAAGCUACUAAAAUGGCUAGGUGUUCCUGCCAUAUGUGGGAGACUGAGGGGAUUAUGUGCCGCCACAUGUUUCGAGUAUACUUUCAUUUGAACAUGGAUAGUGUUCCGGAUGAAAUGUUGAUGAAAAGAUGGAGGAAGGAUGCGAAGGAUCGAAUAGCUCUAAUUCGUCAUGAAAGUGAUGAUACAGGAUCGAACACCUUCAAUAACAUGCUUUUCGUGAACCACAACACGAAACGUGUGUACGACAUGUUGGUGGAUUGCAAAAAUGAUGCUAUCUGUAGGAGUGCAAUGGAUGAGUAUAUCACGAACAUGGAAGAUGCUAUGCAAAAGUUGAGAAAUGAUUUAAACAGUGUAGGGCAUUCUGGAGGACCAAAUAAAAGCUUUAAGGAGCCUUUGCAUCGGCCUAUUAAAAACCCAAUUUCAAAGAAGAAGGGUCGGCAUCGGCGCAAGAUGUUUAGCAAGUAUUGGGCGGUUCGUGGCUUGGAAGAAAGUGCUCACUUGGAUGAACAGAGUGGUUCCCAAUUCUGUGGUACGCAAGCUAACAAUGAAGAAUUUGUGGACGACACGGAUCGCUUCUCUGUGGACUAG